UCCUGCCGUUGGUCCUAAGUGCCACUGUCUGUGCUGAGUUUUUCAAUGGUCAGAGCACAUUGAACCUUUGUGGUUUCAUUUUCCCUGAGUUUGAUUUUUCUUAUGGGGAACCUGUCUUGCUGCAUUCAAGGUGACUCAAAGAAGCUUUCCAAAAGGUGUGUGAAAAGGGAGCCCUACUCUACUACCAAGGUGACUUCAGGGAGCACAUUCAAUGAGAAUACAAGAAGAUAUGCUGUGCACACCAACCAGUGUCGGAGACCUCCUGGCUCCCGGGUAAAGAAGAAGAGGUACCCACAAGAAGAUGACUUCCAUCAUACAGUCUUCAGCAACCUUGAAAGAUUGGACAAGCUUCAGCCCACUCUUGAAGCCUCUGAGGAGUCUCUAGUUCACAAGGACAGAGGAGAUGGAGAGAGGCCAGUCAACGCGAGGGUGGUGCAGGUGGCCCCUCUGAGGCGUGAAUCUACUCCCCAUGAGGACACCGUACACAAAAUCGCUAAUGAGGAUGCUGUAUAUGACAUCGCUACUGAGGAUGCUGUAUAUGACACUGCUAACGAGGACGCCGUCCAGGGCAUCGCCAACGAGGACGCCAUCCAGGGCAUCGCCAACGAGGUCGAAGUCCAGGGCAUCGCACACGAGGACGCAGUCCAGGGCAUCGCUAACGAGGACACCGCCCAUGGCAUCGCUAACGAGGUCGCCGCCCACGGUGUCGUGAACGAGGACGCCGCCCAGGGCGUCACUAACGAGGACGCCGCCCAGGGCGUCGCUAACGAGGACACCGCCCACGGCGUCGCUAACGAGGUCGCCAUCCACGGCGUCGCUAACGAGGUCGCCGUCCAGGGCGUCGCUAACGAGGACGCCGUCCAGGGCGUCGCUAACGAGGACGCCGUCCACGGCGUCGCUAACGUGGACGCCGUCCACGGCGUCGCUAACGAGGACGCCGCCCAGGGCGUCGCUAAUGAGGACGCCGCCUAUGGCGUCGCUAAGGAGGAUACCACCCAGGGCAUCGCAGACGAGGACGCUGUCCAGGGCAUUGCCAACGAGGUCGAAGUCCGGGGCAUCGCACACGAGGACGCAGUCCAGGGCAUCGCUAAUGAAGACACCGCCCAUGGCAUCGCUAACGAGGUCGCCGCCCACGGCAUCGCUAACGAGGACGCCGCGCAGGGCAUCGGUAACGAGGACGCAACCCAGGGCAUCGUGAACGAGGACGCCGCACAGGGCAUCGCUAACGAGGAUGCCGCACAGGGCAUCACUAACGCGGACUCCGCCAAGGGCGUCGCUUUUGAGGACGCCAUCCAGGGCAUUGCUAAGGAGGACGCCGCCCAGGGCGUCGCUAACGAGGAUGCCGCGCAGGGCAUCGUGAACGAGGACGCCGCGCAGGGCAUCGUGAACGAGGACGCCGCACAGGGCAUCACUAACGAGGACUCCGCCAACGGCAUCGCUUUUGAGGACGCCAUCCAGGGCGUCGCUAAGGAGGAUGCCGUCCACGGCAUCGCUAACGAGGACGCUGCCCAGGGCAUCGCUAACGAGGACGCCACCCAGGGCAUUGCUAACGAGGACUCCGCGCAGGGCAUCGCUAACGAGGAUGCCACCCAGGGCAUCGCGAACAAGGAGGCCGCACAGGGCAUCGCUAACGAGGACUCCACCAAUGGCGUCGCUUUUGAGGACGCCGUCCAUGGUGUCGCUAAUGAGGUCUCCGUCGACGGGGUCGUUAAAGAGGUCGCCGCACAGGGCAUCGCAAACGAGGACGCCGCCCAGGGCGUCGCUAACGAGGAUGCCGCACAGGCCGUCGCUAAGGAGGACGCCGCCCAGGGCGUCGCUAACGAGGUCGAAGUCCAGGGCAUCCCACACGAGGACGUCGUCCAUGGCAUUGCUAACGAGGUCGCCAUCCAUGGCAUCGUUAAAGAGGUGGCCGCACAGGGCAUCGCGAACGAGGAUGCCGCCCAGGGCGUCGCUAAGGAGGACGCCGCCCAGGGCGUCGCUAAGGAGGUCGAAGUCCAGGGCAUCGCACACGAGGACGCCGCCCAGGGCGUCGCUGAGGAUGCCGCCGCCCACUGCGUCACUGAGGAGGUCGCCGCCCACGGCGUCGCUGAUGAGGACGCCGCCCACGGCGUCGCUAAAGAGGUCGCCGUCCAUGGCAUCGUUAAAGAGGUGGCCGCACAGGGCAUCGCGAACGAGGACGCUGCCCAGGGCGUCGCUAAGGAGGUCAAAGUCCAGGGCAUUGCACACGAGGAUGCCAUCCAGGGCAUCGCUAACAAGGUCGCCAUCGAUGGCAUCGUUAAAGAGGUCGCCGCACAGGGCAUCGCGAACGAGGUCGCCGCCCAGGGCAUCGCUGAGGAGGACGCCGCCCAGGGCGUCGCUGAGGAGGACCGCGCCCAGGGCGUCGCUGAGGAGGACCCCGCCCAGGGCGUCGCUGAGGAGGACGCCGCCCACGGCGUCGCUGAGGAGGACGCCGCCCACGGCGUCGCUGAGGAGGACGCCGCCCACGGCGUCGCUGACGAGGUCGCCGCCCACGGCGUCAUUAAAGAGGUCGCUGCACAGGGCAUCGUGAACGAGGACGCCGCCCAGGGCAUCGCGAACGAGGACGCCGCCCAGGGCAUCGCUAACGAGGACGCCGCACAGGGCGUCGCGAACGAGGACGCCGCCCACGGCAUCGCUAAGGAGGACGCCGCCCAGGGUGUCGCUAACGAGGACACCGCCCAGGGCGUCGCUAAGGAGGUCGAAGUCCAGGGCAUCGCACACGAGGACGCCGCCCAGGGCGUCGCUGAGGAGGACCCCGCCCAGGGCGUCGCUGACGAGGUCGCCAUCCACGGCGUCGCAGACGAGGUCGCCGCCCAGGGCAUCGCAGACGAGGACCCCGCCCAGGGCGUCGCUGAGGAGGACCCCGCCCAGGGCGUCGCUGAGGAGGACCCCGCCCAGGGCGUCGCUGACGAGGACGCCGCACAGGGCGUCGCGAACGAGGACGCCGCCCAGGGUGUCGCUAAGGAUGCCGCCCAGGGUGUCGCUAACGAGGACACCGCCCAGGGCGUCGCUAAGGAGGUCGAAGUCCAGGGCAUCGCACACGAGGACGCCGCCCAGGGCGUCGCUGAGGAGGACCCCGCCCAGGGCGUCGCUGAGGACGCCACUGCCCACGGUGUCGCUGAGGUCGCCGCCCACGGCGUCGCUGACGAGGACGCCGCCCGCGGCGUCGCUAACGAGGUCGCCGUCCAUGGCGUCGUUAAAGAGGUCGCCGCACAGGGCAUCGCGAACGAGGACGCCGCCCAGGGCGUGGCUAAGGAGGACGCCGCCCAGGGCGUCGCUAAGGAGGUCGAAGUCCAGGGCAUCGCACACGAGGACGCCAUCCAGUGCAUCGCUAACAAGGUCGCCGUCGAUGGCAUCGUUAAAGAGGUCGCCGCACAGGGCAUCACGAACGAGGUCGCCGCCCAGGGCGUCGCUGAGGAGGACCCCGCCCAGGGCGUCGCUGAGGAGGACCCCGCCCAGGGCGUCGCUGAGGAGGACGCCGCCCAGGGCGUCGCUGAGGAGGACGCCGCCCACGGCGUCGCUGAGGAGGUCGUCGCCCACGGCGUCGCUGACGAGGUCGCCGUCCACGGCGUCGCAGACGAGGUCGCCGCCCAGGGCGUCGCAGACGAGGACCCCGCCCAGGGCGUCGCUGAGGAGGACCCCGCCCAGGGCGUCGCUGAGGAGGACCCCGCCCAGGGCGUCGCUGAGGAGGACGCCGCCCACGGCGUCGCAGACGAGGUCGCCGCCCAGGGCGUCGCUGACGAGGACGCCGCACAGGGCGUCGCGGACGAGGACGCCGCCCAUGGCAUCGCUAAGGAGGACGCCGCCCAGGGUGUCGCUAACGAGGACACCGCCCAGGGCGUCGCUAAGGAGGUCGAAGUCCAGGGCAUCGCACACGAGGACGCCGCCCAGGGCGUCGCUGAGGAGGACCCCGCCCAGGGCGUCGCUGACGAGGUCGCCAUCCACGGCGUCGCAGACGAGGUCGCCGCCCAGGGCAUCGCAGACGAGGACCCCGCCCAGGGCGUCGCUGAGGAGGACCCCGCCCAGGGCGUCGCUGAGGAGGACCCCGCCCAGGGCGUCGCUGACGAGGACGCCGCACAGGGCGUCGCGAACGAGGACGCCGCCCAGGGUGUCGCUAAGGAUGCCGCCCAGGGUGUCGCUAACGAGGACACCGCCCAGGGCGUCGCUAAGGAGGUCGAAGUCCAGGGCAUCGCACACGAGGACGCCGCCCAGGGCGUCGCUGAGGAGGACCCCGCCCAGGGCGUCGCUGAGGACGCCACUGCCCACGGUGUCGCUGAGGUCGCCGCCCACGGCGUCGCUGACGAGGACGCCGCCCGCGGCGUCGCUAACGAGGUCGCCGUCCAUGGCGUCGUUAAAGAGGUCGCCGCACAGGGCAUCGCGAACGAGGACGCCGCCCAGGGCGUGGCUAAGGAGGACGCCGCCCAGGGCGUCGCUAAGGAGGUCGAAGUCCAGGGCAUCGCACACGAGGACGCCAUCCAGUGCAUCGCUAACAAGGUCGCCGUCGAUGGCAUCGUUAAAGAGGUCGCCGCACAGGGCAUCACGAACGAGGUCGCCGCCCAGGGCGUCGCUGAGGAGGACCCCGCCCAGGGCGUCGCUGAGGACCCCGCCCAGGGCGUUGCUGAGGACGCCGCCCACGGCGUCGCUGACGAGGACGCCGCCGACGGCGUCGCUGACGAGGUCGCCGUCCACGGCGUCGCAGACGAGGUCGCCGCCCAGGGCGUCGCAGACGAGGACGCCGCCCAGGGUGUCGCUGAGGAGGACCACGCCCAGGGCGUCGCUGAGGAGGACCCCGCCCAGGGCGUCGCUAACGAGGACGCAGCACAGGGCAUCGCGAACGAGGAUGCUGCCCAGGGCGUUGCUAAGGAGGUCGAAGUCCAGGGCAUCGCACACGAGGACGCCAUCCAGGGCAUCGCUAACAAGGUCGCCGUCGAUGGCAUCGUUAAAGAGGUCGCCGCACAGGGCAUCGUGAACGAGGUCGCCGCCCAGGGCAUCGCUAACGAGGACGUCGCCCACGGCAUCGCUAAGGAGGACGCCGCCCAGGGUGUCGCUAACGAGGACACCGCCCAGGGCGUCACUAAGGAGGUCAAAGUCCAGGGCAUCGCACACGAGGACGCCGCCCAGGGCGUCGCUCAGGAGGACCCCGCCCAGGGCGUCGCUGAGGAGGACCCCGCCCAGGGCGUCGCUAACGAGGAUGCCGCACAGGGCAUCGCGAACGAGGAUGCUGCCCAGGGCGUCGCUAAGGAGGUCGAAGUCCAGAGCAUCGCACACGAGGACGCCAUCCAGUGCAUCGCUAACAAGGUCGCCGUCGAUGGCAUCGUUAAAGAGGUCACCACACAGGGCAUCAUGAACGAGGUCGCCGCCCAGGGCGUCGCUGAGGAGGACGCCGCCCACGGCGUCGCUGAGGAGGUCGCCGCCCACGCCGCCCAGGGCGUCGCUGAGGAGGACCCCGCCCAGGGCGUCGCUGAGGAGGACGCCGCCCACGGCGUCGCAGACGAGGUCGCCGCCCAGGGCGUCGCUGACGAGGACGCCGCCCAGGGCGUCGCUGAGGAGGACGCCGCCCAGGGCGUCGCUGAGGAGGACGCCGCCCAGGGCGUCGCUGAGGAGGACGCCGCCCAGGGCGUCGCUGAGGAGGACCCCGCCCAGGGCGUCGCUGAGGAGGACGCCGCCCAGGGCGUCGCUGACGAGGACGCCGCCCACGGCGUCGCUAAGGAGGACGCCGCCCAGGGUGUCGCUAACGAGGAAACCGCCCAGGGCGUCGCUAAGGAGGUCGAAGUCCAGGGCAUCGCACACGAGGACGCCGCCCAGGGCGUCGCUGAGGAGGACCCCGCCCAGGGCGUCGCUGAGGAGGACGCCGCCCACGGCGUCGCUGAGGAGGACGCCGCCCAGGGCGUCGCUGAGGAGGACGCCGCCCAGGGCGUCGCUGAGGAGGACCCCGCCCAGGGCGUCGCUGAGGAGGACCCCGCCCAGGGCGUCGCUGAGGAGGACGCCGCCCAGGGCGUCGCUGAGGAGGACCCCGCCCAGGGCGUCGCUGAGGAGGACGCCGCCCAGGGCGUCGCUGACGAGGACGCCGCCCACGGCAUCGCUAAGGAGGACGCCGCCCAGGGUGUCGCUAACGAGGAAACCGCCCAGGGCGUCGCUAAGGAGGUCGAAGUCCAGGGCAUCGCACACGAGGACGCCGCCCAGGGCGUCGCUGAGGAGGACCCCGCCCAGGGCGUCGCUGAGGAGGACGCCGCCCACGGCGUCGCUGAGGAGGACGCCGCCCAGGGCGUCGCUGAGGAGGACCCCGCCCAGGGCGUCGCUGAGGAGGACCCCGCCCAGGGCGUCGCUGAGGAGGACGCCGCCCACGGCGUCGCAGACGAGGUCGCCGCCCAGGGCGUCGCUGACGAGGACGCCGCCCAGGGCGUCGCUGAUGAGGACGCCGCACAGGGCUUCGCGAACGAGGAUGCCGCCCACGGCACCGCUAAGGAGGACGCCGCCCAGGGUGUCGCUAACGAGGACACCGCCCAGGGCGUCGCUAAGGAGGUCGAAGUCCAGGGCAUCGCACAUGAGGACGCCGCCCAGGGCGUCGCUGAGGAGGACCCCGCCCAGGGCGUCGCUGAGGACGCCACUGCCCACGGUGUCGCUGAGGUCGCCGCCCACGGAGUUGCUGACGAGGACGCCGCCCACGGCGUCGCUAACGAGGUUGCUGUCCAUGGCGUCGUUAAAGAGGUCGCCGCACAGGGCAUCACGAACCAGGACGCUGCCCAGGGCGUCGCUAAGGAGGACGCCGCCCAGGGCGUCGCUAAGGAGGUCGAAGUCCAGGGCAUCGCACACGAGGACGCCAUCCAGUGCAUCGCUAACAAGGUCGCCGUCGAUGGCAUCGUUAAAGAGGUCGCCGCACAGGGCAUCACGAACGAGGUCGCUGCCCAGGGCGUCGCUGAGGAGGACCCCGCCCAGGGCGUCGCUGAGGAGGACGCCGCCCACGGCGUCGCUGAGGAGGUCGUCGCCCACGGCGUCGCUGACGAGGUCGCCGUCCACGGCGUCGCAGACGAGGACGCCGCCCAGGGCGUCGCAGACGAGGACCCCGCCCAGGGUGUCGCUGAGGAGGACCCCGCCCAGGGCGUCGCUGAGGACGCCGCCCACGGCGUCGCUAACGAGGUCGCCGUCCAUGGCGUCGUUAAAGAGGUCGCCGCACAGGGCAUCGCGAACGAGGACGCCGCCCACGGCGUCGCUAAGGAGGACGCCGCCCAGGGUGUCGCUAACGAGGACACCGCCCAGGGCGUCGCUAAGGAGGUCGAAGUCCAGGGCAUCGCACACGAGGACGCCGCCCAGGGCGUCGCUGAGGAGGACCCCGCCCAGGGCGUCGCUGAGGACGCCACUGCCCACGGUGUCGCUGAGGUCGCCGCCCACGGCGUCGCUGAUGAGGACGUCGCCCACGGCGUCGCUAACGAGGUCGCCGUCCAUGGCGUCGUUAAAGAGGUCGCCGCACAGGGCAUCGCGAACGAGGACGCUGCCCAGGGCGUCGCUAAGGAGGACGCCGCCCAGGGCAUCGCUAAGGAGGUCGAAGUCCAGGGCAUCGCACACGAGGACGUCAUCCAGUGCAUCGCUAACAAGGUCGCCGUCGAUGGCAUCGUUAAAGAGGUCGCCGCACAGGGCAUCACGAACGAGGUCGCCGCCCAGGGCGUCGCUGAGGACCCCGCCCAGGGCGUCGCUGAGGAGGACCCCGCCCAGGGCGUCGCUGAGGAGGACCCCGCCCAGGCCGACGCUGAGGAGGACCCCGCCCAGGGCGUCGCUGAGGAGGACCCCGCCCAGGGCGUCGCUGAGGAGGACCCCGCCCAGGGCGUCGCUGAGGAGGACCCCGCCCACGGCGUCGCUGAGGAGGACGCCACCCACGGUGUCGCUGAGGAGGACGCCGCCCACGGCUUCGCUGACGAUGUCGCCGCCCAGGGCGUCACUGAGGAGGACCCCGCCCAGGGCGUCGCUGAGGAGGACCCCGCCCAGGGCGUCGCUGAGGAGGACCCCGCCCAGGGCGUCGCUGAGGAGGACGCCGCCCACGGCGUCGCUGACGAGGACGCCGCCCACGGCGUCGCUGACGAGGACGCCGCCCACGGCGUCGCUGACGAGGACGCCGCCCAGGGCGUCGCAGACGAGGUCGCCGCCCAGGGCGUCGCAGACGAGGUCGCCGCCCAGGGCGUCGCAGACGAGGACGCCGCCCAGGGCGUCGCUGAGGAGGACCCCGCCCAGGGCGUCGCUGAGGAGGACCCCGCCCAGGGCGUCGCUGAGGAGGACGCCGCCCAGGGCGUCGCUGAGGAGGACGCCGCCCAGGGCGUCGCUGAGGAGGACGCCGCCCAGGGCGUCGCUAACGAGGACGCCGCACAGGGCAUCGCGAACGAGGUCGCCGUCCAUGGCGUCGUUAAAGAGGUCACCGCCCAGGGUAUCGCGAACGAGGACGCCGCCCAGGGCAUCGCUAAGGAGGCCGCCGCCCAGGGCGUCAUGAACGAGGCUGCCGCCCAGGGCAUCGCUAAGGAGGACGCCGCCUAUGGCGUCGCUAAGGAGGACGCCGUCCACGGCGUCGCUAACGAGGACGUCGUCUACGGCGUCGCUAACGAGGUCGCCGUCCACGGCGUUGUUAAAGAGGUCGCCGUACAGGGCAUCGUGAAUGAGGACGCUGCCCAGGGCAUCGCUAAGGAGGACGCCGCCCAGAGCGUCGCUACUGAGGGUGCCACCGACGGUGUUGCUAACGAGGUAGCCGCCCAGGGUGUCGCUAACGAGGUCGCCGCCCACGGCGUCGCAAACGAGGUCGCCGCCCAGGGCGUCGCAAACGAGGACGCUGCCCAGGGCGUCGCUAACGAGGUCGAAGUCCAGGGCGUCACACACGAGGAUGCCGUCCAGGGCGUCGCUAACGAGGACGUCGUCUGCGGCAUCGCUAACGAGGUCGCCGUCCAUGGCAUCGUUAAAGAGGUCGCCGCACAGGGCAUCACGAACGAGGACGCUGCCCAGGGCGUCGCUACCAAGGACGCCGCCAACGGCGUCGCUAAGGAGGACACCGCCCACGGCGUCGCUAACGUGGUCGCCGUCCACGGCAUCGCUAACGAGGACGCCGUAUAUGACAUUGCUAAUGACACCGUACAAGACACGCUAACGAGGACGCUGUACAGGACAUCGCUAAUGAGGACACCAUAUAAGGCAUCGGUAAUGAGGACGCUGUAUAUGACGUCGCUAACGAAGACACCGUACAAGCCGUCGCUAACAAGGACACUGUACACAACAUCACUAAUGAGGGCACUGUACAAGACAUCACCAAUGAGGGCACUUUAUACGACAUUGCUAAUGACACCGACAAGGCACGCUAACGCGGAUGCUGUACACGACAUCGCUAAUGAGGACACCGUAUAAGACAUCGCUAGUAACUAUCGCAAGAACAAAAAACCAAACACCGCAUAUUCUCACUCAUAGGCGGGAAUUGAACAAUGAGAUCACAUGGACACAGGAAGGGGAAUAUCACACUCUGGGGACUUGUGGGGUGGGGGGAUGGGGGAGGGAUAGCAACGGGAGAUAUACCUAGUGCUAGAUGACGAGUUAGUGCGUGCAGCACACCAGCAUGGCACAUGUAUACAUAUGUAACUAACCUGCACAAUGUGCACAUGUACCCUAAAACUUAAAGUAUAAUUAAAAAAAAAAAAAGACAUUGCUAGUGAGCACGCUGUAUACGACAUCGCUAAUGAGGAUGCUAUAUAUGACAUCGCUGAUGAGGACGUUAUAUACGACAUCACUAAUGAGGACACCAUACAGAUGGCUUGAGCCCAGUAGUUUGAGACAAGCCUGGCAACACAGCGAGACCUCAUCUCUACAAACAUUUUUUAAAAAUAUUCCAAGCAUGGUGGCACAUGCCUGUAGUCCUGGCUAUUCAGGAGGCUGAGGUGGGAGGAUCACCUGUGCCCAGGAGUUCAAGGCUGCAGUGAGCUAUGAUCACCACAAUGCUCCAGCCUGGGCAACAAAGCAAGACUCCAUCUCUAAAAAUAAAAUUAAAUUAAAAAAAAGAUCUUCGCUGUAAAAGAGGUAUGCUCAAAUGCAAUAAAAUCAUAUAAGAA